AAGGUCGAGCUCCAUGUCCACCUGGACGGUGCCAUCCGAUCCGACACCAUAUUUGACAUUGCUCAAAGAAGAAAAAUCCAAAUCCCUGCCAAAACCAAAGAAGAGCUUCGCCAGCAGUUGCAAAUGAAAGAAGCCAACCUCGACACUCUUCUGGAAUAUUUCAGGACCUUCAUGCCAGUUGUAGCAGGCAGUAGGGAAGCGGUUUACCAACUAGCCUACGAGUUCUGCGAAGACUGUGCCAAACACAAGAUCAAAUACGUAGAGGCACGAUAUUCACCUCACUUACUGGCCAAUAGUUGUGAGAAACCAUUCUACUCUCUGGAGAGAGGAAGCUUCACGCCCCGUGAGGUGGUGACGACGGUCAAUGAGGCAUUUGAAAAGGGUUCCCAAGAUUUUAACGUGGAUGUGAAAAGCAUCUUGUGCUGCAUCCGAACCAAUUCAGAAUUUUCAAUGGAGGUUGCACAGCUCUGUCGUGAUUUUCGAUCUGAUGGAGUGGUUGCUAUAGAUAUUGCUGGACCUGAAUUUAUACUUGGUAACGACAAGGGGAACUCUCCACACAAGCUAGCCUAUAUGGAUGCAUACCAAAAUGGCAUACACCGGACAGCCCACGCAGGAGAAGUAACGCCACCCGGCUCCGUUCUGGAAGCAAUUGACGAUCUGCACGCCGAGAGAAUCGGACAUGGCUACACCUGUCUAAAAGACGAAAGCUUGUAUCAACGAAUCAAAAAGGAGAGGAUACAUUUAGAAACCUGUCCCAUUUCAAGCAUGAUGACUGGUCUUGCUUUAGCACAUACCAAAAUAAAUCAUCCAAUUUCCAAGUUUGCCAAUGACGAAGUGAAUUUCUCCCUCAACACCGACGAUCCACUGGUCCUAGGUAACAAUAUAUCUGAAGAUUAUAAAGUUGCUAUGGAAAUGGGUUUAUCACGUGACCAGAUCACCCAGUCAAUUUUUAACGCAGCCCGCUCAAGUUUUACAAGCGAUAAGGAAAAGGCGUCUCUUAUCAAGGAGUUAAUUAGAGUAUACGGACAAUAUUAA